AUGCCGAAGGAAUGGCCGGACCAGCCGCGGUUCCUGGAGGUCCUCCGAACGAUGCGCAGCGCGUCCGAGGCGUCGAUCGCGGAGCUCGUCGCGCUCGCGAAGAAGGACGCGAAGAGCUACUACAAGCACGCGGCCGCGAUCCUCGUGAAGCAGUGCCAGAUGCGAAAGCCGCGAGACAGGGUGCCGAUCGUCUUCGUGAUGAACAAGCUCGCGUCGGACAAGGACGAUCACGAGAGCGCGAAGCUGUACGCGGGGAGGUUCGCGCCGGACAUCGUGGCGUGCGUCGAGUCCGCGCUGAGCUGCCCGCCGAAGCACAUGCACGGCCUGAGGAAGGUGAUCGAUCGAUGGGAGAAGCGGCGAGUCUUCCAGCACUCGAUCGUGCAAGCCGUCGCUCGCGCGGUGAACGCGCACGUCCCGGGCGCGGGGGGGGUCUCGGACGACCCCAGCAGGGACCCCUCGAGCGACGACUUGGCGGGGAUGGGCGGCGACGACGAUUACGUCGUCUCGAGCGACGACGAGGCGCCUGCCGAAGGGGACGGACGACGCGCGGGCGGCGUAAUUGGCGGAGGGACCGCGGGAGGCGACGGGCCCGGGGCCGGGCCCUCGGUCGACGUCGACGUCGACGUCGGGGUCGAGGUCGAGCCGGCGGCGGCGCCGACGAGAGCGGCGCCCGCGAAGGCGCGCGUGAACAAGUGGCCGGCGAGGCCGCCGAGACCAGACCCGCCGCCGGCGGUCUCGGCCGCGGAGGGGCCGGCCGCCGCCGCGAGCGACGCGCUGCCGCCGGCGAGCAACCCGCCGCCGCCGCUCCCUCCCGGGUAUCGCCUGCCGCCGCCCGUCGCCGGGAACGGGGGCGCGGAGAGAGCGCGGACGCCGCCGAGGCAGCGCUCGCCGCGCGUUCCCGCUCCCACGCGCGCGAUGUCGCCGCCGAGGCGACGGACGCCGCCGAGGCAGCGGACGCCGCCGAGGCAGCGGACGCCGCCGAGGCAGCGGACGCCGCCGCGGCAGCGGACGCCGCCGCGCGCGCGCUCGCCCGAGAGGAAGAGAGCGCCGAGUCGAGACCCGGACGGCGGCGGCGCGGGGAAACGACGAAUAGACGUCGGCGGCGGGGGGGGAGGACGGGACGAACAGCCCGCGCGCGUCGACGUCGACAAGUGGGGCGACCCCAUCAAGCGUCGCACGGAGUCGCCGCCGCUCGCGCGCGCGAGGACGCAGACGCCGCCGCGGGUCCGGUCGCCCCCGAAGGAACGGACGGCGACGCCGCCGCGCGCGCGGUCGCCCGCGAAGGAACGGACGGCGACGUCGCCGCGGGUCCGGUCGCCCCCGAAGGAGCGGACGGCGACGCCGCCGCGCGCGCGGUCGCCGCCGAAGGUGCGGUCGCCGCCGAAGCGUCGGUCGCCGCCGCCGCCGCGUAAGGGUAACCCGGGAAGGGAAGAGGAGAAGCCGGAGAUGGACAAGUGGGGCGAUCCGAUCAAGCGCGUGGACGUGGACGACUUCUCGAUCGCGACCAAAGAGCACGGCGGCGGGGGAGGCAAGAAUAAGCCGAAGAAGCGAAGGUAG